GAAGAAGACUAUUUAGAUCUUGUGAAACCUGCCUUGCUCCUCUCUUUUUUCUUUGCCUCCAUAUUUUUGGCCAUACUUGUGCACGCUGUGCUCGUCUCACUCGUAGUUAUCCGUGAAUUUAUUGUAUAUGAGGAAACCCGUAUGUACACCUCUUUGUCGAAUGACAAUCUGUACAACUCAGAAAGUCAAACUGUUGCUUCCAGUGUCUCUUUGGUGCCAAGCCUGGAGUUGAAGUCGUCGGCACUUUCAGCCACCGUCAAAACUGCCUCCAGGCUCGAUAUGGAGUUGAAACAACGCGAAAGCAUCCAAGGUUCAUCAUUGUUCCUCGAAGACAGCUAUGAUCCAAAUAAUCACGAUCUUAAUCGAGAAUCUGAUAUGUAA